AUGCCACCUGCAGACAUGUCGCUUACGGCGUUCCGAGUGGCUCUGGCCACGUUAUUACUCACCAACGUCGCAUAUACGUCAAAAAAACAAAAGCGUCAGCUGUUCCAUGAAAAUUUGUUGCCAUACUUUGGAGGUAAAAUACCUGAGUCUGCGUUCCAAGCAGACCGCUUGGCACUAAAUAUGUUGAACAAAGAAGGUAUAUCCGUGCCCGAUGGUAUUCUUUUUGAAGCCCGACCAAAAGAAUCGUUUCAUCAAAGUCCGCGGAACGAUCCAGAACUAUCCAACUCAAUACUCAAAAUGAUCCACACGCCGGACGGCAGGACAGUCCUGAACCAUAAUCAGGUGUAG